AUGAAUGGGAAGGAUGCCAUGCAAAACCUGAAUGAUCGCCUGGCUGCCUACCUGGAGCAGGUGCGGUCUCUAGAGGGAGCCAACGAGCAGCUGGAGCAGCAGAUCCGGGAUGUCUAUGCCAAGAGGGCGCUGGCUGGGCGCCCAGACCUCAGUAGCUACUUCAGCACCAUUGCGGAGCUCAGAUCCCAGAUCCAGGCCGCUUCAGUGAGCAACGCCCAGCUGGUCCUGCAGAUUGAUAAUGCCACGCUGGCCGCGGAUGACUUCAGCAACCUGGCCCCCGCUCCUUCUCGGCUUUUUUCUUUAAGCACCGAGUUCUCACAGCAGCUUCUGAAACUGCCCCUGAGAAAUUUGUUCGAGUCGGAGCUGGCCAUGCGGCUGGGCGAGGAGAGCGACCUCGGCGGCUUGCGCAAGGUGCUGGACGAGCUGGCCCUGAGCAGAGCCAGCCGGCGGGGGCAGGUGGAAAGCCUGCAGGAGGAGCUGGCUCAGCUCCAGGAGAACCACAAGGAGGUGGGUGCAUGGCGGGGGGGCGGGGGCGGGGCUGCAUUGACCCCAGUGUCUCACCCCUCCCUGCUCUACCUAUCCCCCUCCCAUACGAGAGAGGAGGCAAAAUGUGCCCUGAGCCACGAGCUGGCUGCACCCAGACCCCUGAGCCUCCUCCCUUUGGUGCAGUGCGAGUCAGUGGCCCAGGAGGUGGCCACCAGCGCGGAAGCCGUCCAGGCGGCCAGGACGAAGAUCACGGAGCUCCGGCGGGUGGUGCAGGGCAUGGAGAUUGAACUGCAGACCCUGCACAGCACGAAAGCGGCUCUGCAGGGCACACUGGCUGAAGUGGAGGCUGGCUAUGGGGCCAAGCUGGCGCAGCUGCGGGGGCACGUCGCCGGGACAGAGGCCGAGCUGAUGCAGCUGAGAACUGAGGCCCAGCACCAGGCGGAGGAGCACCAGCAGCUCCUGGAUGUGAAGACCAGGCUGGAGAUGGAAAUUGCGACCUACCAGCGCCUCCUGGAGGAUGGUGACGUCAGAUCUGACGCCAACUCCCCUGUGAGACAGACGCCCGCAGGUGAGCGGAGAACGGCCCCUGCCUCAGCAGCGGAGGCUGCUAACAGCUCCACCACCUCCAGGAGGGUGACUACAGUGAUCGAGCAGCUGCUGGAGGGCAGGAUGGUGUCCUCCCGCACCGAGGAGGUGGAGCAUCCCGUCUGAGGAGUGUGGGAAAAGGCAAAGGAAGGCGGAUCCCUCCCACCAGUCAGGCCCCAGCUAGCCCGGCCCCAGUGAUCCCCUGCUUGUUCUUCUGUGGCCAUGGAUUCCAAUAAAGCCAGUGGUGCAGCGUGG